AUGGAGUCCAUCCCCCUGCUGCUGCUCCUGCUCUUCGCCAUGGUUUCAGGAAAAUCUCUUGUGCAUAGGAGAGGACUCUUGGACCUGGCCUCAGUAAUCAAUUGUCCUGGAAAAAUCCCAGCACUGGCUUUUAUUCACUAUGGCUGCUACUGUGGCUGGGGAGGAAGUGGUCAGCCCCGGGACCAAAUUGAUUGGUGCUGCCAAAAGCAUGACUGCUGUUAUAACAGGGCUGAUAAAGCUGGCUGUAGCCCCAAGUGGCAACGUUAUGAUUGGAACUGUACAGCCAACAGGGUGGAAUGUGCAUCAUCAGAGAACAAGUGCCAAGAAAUAACGUGCAAAUGUGACCAGGAACUUAGUAACUGCUUGGCCGCUGCUGGAAAAUAUAAUAAGAAUUACGUUCUUCACCAAGACUGUGGAACAGAGUCCCCCAAGUGUGAAUGA